GGCUCGACUGCGUCCGUAGAUUACACUAUUGACAUCUCGGCACUUUGGCACGCCUUUGUGGCUGCCACUCGAGGUAGAUCGAUGUCCCUGAUUCAAGGAUGCACAAGCUCGUACUAUCCAUGGCUCGAGACUUCUUGUACGACUCCGAAACAAACGCUUGCGUAAAGACAGAGAGAUAUGACUGGACAGUGCUUCCAACCCAGACUUUACCGUGUCGUGGUCCACUCCGAGGAUUUUAGACCAGCAGCAAUCUUACUUUGAUCGCCAUUCCAAAUCGAUCCGAUCACCAUACAAAAUCUCUCGUGGAUUGCCCAGGCAAGAUACACGAUCAAGCCUCCACGUGUACGUCGCCGCUGACGUCCCUGGGAAUCAUUGGCAAGAGAUUUCUCGAAGACGCUGUAUAUAUGACGAGCAUGUCGAGGUGCUCGGUGAACGUUCCGACAAUUCACAUCGAACUAGUCACCUUCCAAGUCUACGGCCUUGAUCAACAGCAUGAAAAUUCUACUUCUCUGUACAGCACACAAUUCUUUAUCACAGCGUCUGUACUUGACUCUGGUACCCAAUCAUGAAAUCACGAUUGAGUACGCAUUAUCGGCCGAGACCAUGAUUGAGGCCGUACGUAUGGCACAUCCACAUCUGGUCGUCUGUCCCUUCCUUACAUCUGCCGUGCCUACAGAGAUCUAUACCAGAUACAUGACAUUGGUGGUCCAUCCUGGAGCUCCUGGAGACGGUGGCCCUAGUGCACUGGACUUUAUCAUCAUGGGCGAAGACGGAACGGAUGAUAACCUCGAAAGAGUCAUGAGCAAAGAUAUCUGGUCUGAGCACGGCAGAACUCAUUGGGCUGUCACUGUUCUGCAAGCUAUUGCGGAAUACGAUGCUGGCCCAGUCUGGGCUUUCGAGCAGUUCAGACUCGACAUCGAUGAUCACCACCUUACCAAAUCGAGUCUCUAUCGAGGAGAUGUCACUCGUGCGGCUGUCUCCGCAACCUUGGCUGCUCUCGACAGAGUCCAACUUGCAUUCCAAGAGCAAGUCACUCACAUCAUUGGUGACACUGAUAACUGGAGCCGUGCGGCUCCCAAGCUGGAAGCCAAAGCUGAAUACAAGAUCGCUUCUGUGACUACAGGUGAGCGAUUUCACGGAGGCCACACAGCUCCAUUGCCCUUCUUGAAAGCCACUCAACGAGACUUCGACAUCAGUCGACACUCCGCCAGGAUGAUCUCGAGGCUUAUAAGAGCUUCAGACUCUCAGCCUGGUUGUCUCACCAACUUCCUUGGCCCUAGUCUGUACCUCUAUGGUGGUUUCGUCGAAGACGGCCAGCACAUGUCGAAUAUUAGUGUGAAGCCCGGCAAAAUCAUCGGUACUCGCAAUGACGCCGUGUGCUUCAACACACUUGAUAAUAAAGGCAUAUGGAUCACACACGCUCGUCGUGUCAAGAAAAAGACAGAUGCUUCUCUUUGGCCCAAAGCACCUGCCGUACUAUUGUUCGCAGAACUUGGCAUUAUUGACCUUGAGAAGUUGCCUCAGUUUCUACCUUCACUGCCCGCAGACUUCAGCCGGGUCGAAUAUCCGACAUUCCAGGAGAUCCUCGUCGAGUACGGUAACAUCGCUACAGGUCAACGCGUCGCUUACUUGACAUUCGAUUUUUACAACGGAGCGAUGAGUACUUGUCAAUGCCAGCUCAUGUAUGCUGUCUUGCGAAGCAUUCUCGACACGCACACUCAGGCAUCUCCGUUAUCUGCAGUAGUGCUAUUAGGUGGCAGCUACUUUUCAAAUGGUAUACAUCUCAAUGUCAUAGAGGUUGCUUCGGAUCCAGCUUACGAGUCUUGGAUCAACAUAAAUGCUAUGAACGAUGUGGUCUUGCUACUCCUGCAAGACUUUUCCGCUCACAACAUCACCACCAUUUCUACGCUUCGUGGCAACGCCGCUGCUGGAGGUGUAGCUCUCGCAGCUGCUACUGACUACGUGAUUGCCGGCGAAAACGUGGUUAUCAAUCCCGCCUAUCGAGCCUUAGGCUUGUUCGGCAGCGAAUAUCACACUCUCACCUACCCCGGUCGUGUAGGUCACAAUGCAGCUCGCCACCUCCUUCGCGAUAUGCUGCCCAUCUCCGCUCAGCAAGCCAAAGAUAUCGGUCUUGUCGACGUGGUCAUACCCAGCCAUGGCACCACUCUCGACAAAGCGAUUCACACUCAUAUCUCUGACAUCAUCUCCACGUGCCUGUCUCUAGGUAUCUGGAAGCGUGCACUCGAUCUUUCACCACCAGCUCUUGCAAAGGCACGAAUGCGAGAGCUUGCUGAGAUGGCAAAAGACUUCUGGUCUCCUCGCUCUGUACGCUAUCAUUCUCGACGAAGAGAUUUCGUGCGUAAGAUCAAGCCGUCAAAGACCCCACUACGGUUUGCCCAGCAUCGACGUAAAAUAGGUGAGCUUGACGAGGAGGAAAGAGACGACUUUGAUCUGGUGGAGACGUUUGGAGUGUUGACAAGGAAAGAGCAGGAACAGGCGCUGUGGGAAGAGAUGGACGCGUUGGAGAUGCAGGCGAGAAAGGCUAGCCAUCCAAGCAUUGUUGCGGAGAAGGAGAAGGGGAAGUUGGAGAUAAUGUUUUCGUGUUACUACAAUUCUUGAUGAUUAUGAUGAUCAGCGGGCUUGUUUUCAAGAUGGUUGAUCACGAGGGGGGAUGUGGUGUUCGGCUUGAUGAAUAGCUUUGGGCCUUCUUGACCAAUAAUCAGAAUCGACAUGUCAUUGUGCACC